GCACCUUUGUGUUCAAGGCCCCCUUCAGCACCCUCCUGUCUGACGAGAAGUCUAUCAAGGAGAUGUGGGGUCUGCGUGGUGCAUCAGGCACAAAACCAUGCUUUCGCUGCAUGAAUGUGGUUGGCCAUAUGACCGCCCAACAGGUUGCGGCAGCCAACGUCGGCUGGCUUGUGCACUUCCGUUGCGCAGAUCAAUCCAAAUUUGCGCCGCGCACUCCAGCAUCAUUCCAAGAAAUGAGGGACAAGCUGCGGCUGGUCCGCGGUAACAAGAAGGAGUGUCAGAGGCUUGGCCAGCUGUAUGGUCUACACUACACUCCUUUUUCCGUUCUUUGGCACCCCACGCUUGGCACCAAGGUGUGCCCAAUCAAGAACACAAUGUUUGAUUGGAUGCACGUCCUGGUGGCUUCUGGCGGGGUGGCGCAGUAUGAGGUCAACGAGUUUGCCAAGCAAAUUAGGGAUGCUGGGAUUCCUCUGUCAGCUCUCGACACUUUUGGGAAAGUGGUGCGGGUGCCCAAAUCUCGAGGCAAUCUUCCAAGCAAGUUUUGGCAGGAUCGAGUGAAUAUGGAGGCCAACUGUCACAUCAAGGCCUUCGCCGGGGAAGUCUUGGUGGCUGUGCCAUCUUUGAAUCUUUUUGCUAGCUCAGUUUUGCAGCCGCUUGGCCUACUCCCAGACCAUUGUCUUUGCUUGCAGUAUUUGAACGACAUCUUAGACAUCUUAACCCAACAGCACAGGGCCUUGAAAUUCAUUGGUGAGCUUGAAGAAGCCAUCGGCAAGCACGCAGUCUUGUUUCGACGGCUCUAUGAUGAUUGCGCCAAGCCAAAAUUUCAUUGGCUGUUUCAUAUUCCACAGAAUUUUGUGGAGUUUGAGGCCAACUUGUCAUGCUUUGGCCCCGAGAGGAAACAUCGAGCCACGAAGACAGUGGCUGCGCAUGUCUUCAACGACCAUCUCUGCGAUCAUGUGGCCCUGAGAUUGGGCCAUGAACUCCUCUACGAGUUCGAGCACAAACCCAACUUGGUGGAGCCAAUUUUCUUGAAAGAGCCUUUUCGAGCACUUCCAUCAGGGCCCAAGCUUUUAGAGUUUUGGAGAUCUGAUGUGAUGCAAGUGCGCACAUCCAAACAACUGAUGUGCCCUGCUGGUCAAGUCUCGCUGGGAGAUGUCUUGUUUGGCGAGCACUUGCGUAGCCUGGUCGUUCCACGAGCUUUUCUCCAAGCUUGUUUGAUGACUGGGGAGUCCAUUUUCUUGGCGCAAGUUUCUUUGCACAAAUGGAAGGCAGGGUCCAUCUUCGAGUCUGUCUCCGAAGAGCAUCUGCUGGAGUGGCACGAUGAUCUGAGACCCAUCAUAUACUCCACCAAGUCAUGUGGCUCUCUUCAGGCUUGCCUGAGGCCAGCUGAAGCCCUGAGGACUCGGAGCCCUUUGCAAAGCAUGUCUAGCGAGUCUGUGCCAUCCACACCACUCAGUGCUGCAACGCCGACUCUUCAUGAGUCGGCUGGGGAUGCAAGCCUGCUGACUGAGGAAGAGAUGGCAUCUUCUCGCUGCUGCACAUGCCACAAGCCCAUCGAUCUGACUAACAGUUUGGUGAUAGUGCGUUCAUCCUUGAAAGCGCCAGAAGUGAGACGCUGCAAGAGUUGCCACUCAGUCCGUGCUGCCAUUGAACGGCUGAAAAAGAAUCAUGGGAACUUGGUCAAGGAUUGGUCCAAAAUCACAGGCGACAAGGUCUCCGCCUUUUUCCAGGACUACCCACAUCUCCGUGGAGAUGAGCUCCGCCAAAAGAUUGAGGAGAUUGCGCAAGACUGGAAGACUGAGACGACCCGAUAUGAAUUCAACUCCCAGGCUGAUUUCAUGGAUGAAACUGACUUGAAAAAGAAAUACCACGACAAACCAGAGAUACUGGAGAACAUUCUCAGGAAUGGUCGGCAGUUUUUCUGCCCUGUCAAGAAGAUCAUGCUCUAUGGCGAUCCUAAAUACGAUGCAAAGGUCAGCGACCAAACGGAGUAUGGCCACACUGAGAAGCGCAAGGCCCAAACAAUGUUGCGUGACAACAUCGAGCCCGAAAAUAAGAAGGGUCGCAGGAACAAAAAGGACGACAACAAAGAGGAAGAACAGAAGCUGAAAGCUGGUGAGAAGAAAAAGAUUGCAAAGAAAGCGGAAGCUCUUGGCAGCAAGGUUCUCCAGCUCAAGGACUUGCUGGGCAAAUGCAGUGAGUAUGGGAAUAUGAUCCCACCGUAUGUGGUCAACGCAGGUGAGACAGGAAUCACCAAGGCCCAGCAGACCAUGACAGAGACACAAGCUCUGCUCGAUGCUGGCAAGGGUGAUGGCGCUGCAGCCCUGGAAAAACUCGAUGAAACAUCAACCCAUUUGGCCGAUUGCUGCAGCCGGGUGAAGUCCCAGCUGGAGCAAGAGGAGCCUGAUGAGCGUGAGGAGCCAAAAACCACUGAAAAGAAGGAGACCCAGCUCGAGGCCAACCUUGAUGGUAUGUGCGCGGCUGAAAGCCAGGCUGAGAGCCCCUGA